ACUCUCUCUCACAGUGAAAAAAGAAAUCAGAUAGCUGAGGAACUAAGAACCAAACCCUAAUUCAGAAGAAAAAAGGAAAUUUUAGAGCUCCAAAACCAUGGCAUUCCCUUCCCGUCUGCUAUCAAGAUCCAAACAGCUGUAUGGCGGUCAAGCUAUUUCUUCGGUCCGUUACUUUGCCAAAAAAUCUGAAGCAGCUCCUGCGUCACUCAAGGGAGAUGAGAUGUUGAAGAAUGUCUUUUUGGAUGUCAAGAGGAAAUUGGAGACAGCCUUGGGAAUACUUAGGAAAGAGAAGAUUACCAUUGCUCCUGAGGAUCCAGCUGCUGUAUCUCAGUAUGCAAAUGUAAUGAAGACGAUUAGAGAGAAAGCUGAGUUGUUCUCUGAGUCGCAAAGAAUCAAAUACACCAUUGAUACAAGAACAAAGGAUAUUCCAGAUGCUCGGACAUAUUUGUUGACAUUGAAGGAAAUACGAAUUAAGAGAGGUCUCACUGAUGAGCUUGGUGCAGAGGCUAAGAUGAUGGAUGCUUUGGAGAAAAUUGAAAGUGAACUCAAGAAGCCUCUCAUGAGGAAUGAUAAGAAAGGAAUGGCUCUCUUAAUGGCAGAAUUCGAUAAUAUCAAUAAGAAGCUUGGAAUUCGCAAGGAAGAUCUCCCAAAGUAUGAAGAAGAGUUGGAACAGAAAAUUGCCAAAGCACAGCUAGAGGAGCUGAAGAAGGAAGCUCUUGAGGUCAUGGAUACCCAAAAGAAGAGGGAGGAGUUUAAGGAUGAGGCAAUGCCGGAUGCAAAGUCUUUGGACAUCCGAAACUUCAUAUAAAGUGUGUAGUUGAUGAGUUUGAUUUUUGAUGUUGUUCUGACAUAAAGGAGCCCUCCUGCAUAGGAUGUUGUGGUUAUUACCUCAUCUGUUUUGCUAUUCCGUAAUAAAAAAAAGGACCGUCUGCAUUGCAGUACAACCGGCGCAAUUGAGUCCGUACUAUGAUGUUGUUUAUUCAAUUUAGCUGCCAGGAAGAGCUGGGAAUAUGCUGUUGCUGCUUUUGCUAUGAAAUUAUAUUUCAGAAAGUUCACAUUAA